AUGUCGUCGUCAUCAAUGGUCAACAAUAAUAAUACACUACCGAUAGCCGACUUGAUUAAUGACCUGACAUGCGGUAUAUGUCUGGCAGUGGUCACCGAACCGGUAGUUACUCAGUGCUGUCGCCGACUGUAUUGUCGCCAUUGUAUUGAACAAUGGCUUAACAAUACCGGCGGUGCCUGUAGUAGUAGUAGUAGUACUAGUAUUGGACAUCUAAGUAGGUGUCCAUUGGAUAGACGGCCGCUAACUGUCCAACAGUUACGCAAACCAUCAUUGGCCAUAACUAAUAUGCUAACUGUGCUCAACAAACACCAAAUUAAACUACAACAACAAAAACGACAACAAUUUAAUGUAAUGACUUCCUCCUCGUCAACAAUGUUAUCGAUACAAACUAUUAAAAGAUUACAUAAAUCUAAUAUUUCGGACACCAUUGACACCAAUACGCUGUCACUAAUAUUGUGCCACAAGUGCGACCAUUUGGUAAGACCAUCGGAUGGCGUGUUUAUGGCCUACUGUUGCGGUUCAAAGAUAUGCUACCAGUGCUGGGAACCGGUAGUGCUAGCGCUUGGUAGCAACAAUAGUAGCCGACAAUCAAUUAGUACGGAUGAUAGUCCUAAAGUCAAACAAAACUCGACGGCAGAGGAGGAAGAGGUCAAAGAGGAUAAGAAAGUAGAGAUAGGAGUGAAUUGUCCUAAAUGUAUGGAAAAGUUGUCCGAACCGUAUGUCCAGACAUUACCGCCAAUUGUCGCUAAAUUAUUGCUGGGAUUACAUGUAAAAUGUGUGUUUAGUCAUCGAGGUUGUGGUCAAUUGGGCACAAUUGACUAUAUACUGGAUGAACAUCAAGUGGUUUGCGAGCAUCGCCCGAAACACUACUGUACCGAUUGCGGUGCCGAAAUCGGUACAUACGGUCACCCAAACAACACUGGUGUCGGAGGCAACGAUAUGACCAUCUGUUUGAAAUACCAUACAAUUAGGAUUAUCAGUGAUGAGAUUCGUACGGAAAAACUCAUUGAUAAUAUAACUUUCCGUUUAAAUCAGUUGAAUGAUAAAUUUGGACAGUUGUCUAGAAAGAUUAAUGUCUAUCUACCGCAUGGGGAUAGUCUAGAGGACACUGAUAAUAGAAGUCCAAAUCAAACACGAUUGACAACCAUUGAUAUGCAAACAAGUAAUGAAAGCAUUUAUCCGAUUGAAUCGUUUACUAACAAGUAA